AUGACUGAAAGCAGUCCCGAGAUCGUUUUAUACGACCUGGCCUGCACCAAAAACGUGUGCUUCUCUCCUGCCGUAUUGCGAACGCGUUUGAUGCUCAACUACAAACAUGUCGCAUACGAGACGAUCUUUCUGGAAUUUCCAGACAUCGAGCAAACCUUGAAAGAGCUCGGUGUGGCACCCCAUGACACUAGAUCAGAUUCUGAACCCAGAUAUACAGUGCCUGCCAUUCAUCACGUCCCCUCCAGCACAUACCUCAUGGACUCGCACGCCAUCGCGGAGUUUCUCGAGUCAACAUAUCCCACCCCGCCUUUGACGCUGGUCUCGAGCUUCAUCAACCAGGUUUCUUGCAAGGCUCGCAGCGCUUUGGGACCCGCCUUCCGCUCUUCAGUGACACCACGUGAGAUUCGUAUACUCCCACCGCGAUCGCAAGUGUACUUCCGUCAGAAGAGGGAGGCGCUGCUCGGACAUCGUCUCGAGGACUUGUUAGAUUUGGACAGAGAGGAACGGACGUGGAACGACCUCGCGGACGAGAUCCGCGCCGCUGGGGAGUUCAUGCUGACCAAUAAAGCGAACGGACCGUUUGUGCUCGGCGCCCAGCCGAGUUACACCGACUUUUUCAUCGCAGGAUCACUCCACUCGGCAAGGAUGGUGGACGAGGGGAUCUUCGAAAGAUGCACGAAGUUUCCUGGUUACAAAGAAAUCUAUGAGGCGUGUCGCCCAUACAUGGAUAAGAUGGAUUGA